AUGUAUUUCCCUAUAGGAUGGCCAAAAGUUCUAAAGAACUUAGGGACGGAUAUUCAAUUAGUGAAGCAAAUAGUAUCUAAUCGGGACAAAAUAUUAUUUGCCUCCUUAAGUGAUGAAUUUUUAGUCAUAUGGUUUUGUAAGCCAUCUGUACCUAUAGUCUAUCAUAAAAGAAGUGCAGAAUCUCUACAAAGACUUGGAGUUAAUGUUGGAGUAGAAUGGAAACCAGACUCAUCAAUGAUAUGUAUAUCUACUUCUGAAGGCCAUUUAAUUUUAUAUAAUGUGGAAGCACAGAAUGAACACACAGCUUAUCAGCAAUGUGACCCACCGACUGCUAGCCUCAGGAGGGAUUCUGCUGAACUAUUUGUUAAAGAAGUUAUUCCAUCUCUUAAAAUUACCUUAUUCAAAGAAAUUCUUGUAUGGGAUGGACAGAUUACAAGGAUGUGCUGUAUAUCUGGCACGGAAAUACUUGUAUGUACCACACGCGCCCAUCUCUUACGAUAUCGUUGGGACGGAACUCAAAACAGAGAUUACUGCCUCGAUUUAGGAAGAAUACCUUUUUCAAUAAACCAGCAGGUGUCUAAAGCGGAGCCUAUUUUAGAAGAUAAUACAAAUGUUAGUGAUAUUGAAUAUUCACCAUUGGUGUGUGGAUUUGGUAUAACAUUAAAUGAUGGAAGAGCUGCUUAUCUGACUGCCCCAAAUCUUAAAUUCGAUCCAAAUAUAUAUUUAGCGACGGAUUUGACGGCAGUACAAGGUAUUUGGGCGCAAGGCAUCGACGAUGCGACUUGUGUACGAGUCAAUCAUAAGUUUAGGCUCAUUGCUAUUGGUAGAAAGAACUCACAAGUAGAUGUAUUCACGAUUGACGAAGCGACGGGUGGCCUUGAGCUUUCGCACACAAUGCUGCUCAGUUCCAAGGACUUCCCCGGUGACCCGGGGCCUGUGAAGUGUAUGAGAUGGACGGGGGACGGGCGCGCGGUGGCGGUGAGCUGGGAGGGCGGCGGGAUGGCGGUGUGGAGCACGUUCGGCGCGCUGCUCAUGUGCUCGCUGGCCUGGGACUACGGCCUCAGCCAGGACCUCGCCAAGCGUAACCCGCUUGUUGUCUCCUGCAUGGAAUGGGCAACGGAAGGAUAUCAGUUAUGGAUGGUUAAAGUGGAGGAAGAAGCGAAAUCGAAUUUAAUCCAAAUGGACUUUGUUAAAAGCCCCAUGAGUGUGAACCCUUGUAUGAGCAACCAAAGGCAUCUAUACUUGCAAGCGGAUGAUAAAUUGUACAUAAAUUUGGAAGAUAAUCUCACUCGACGAACAAAAGUCCCCAUCAUAGAUUCGUCUUCAGACGCGUUCCAAGAGAACGGCCAGGACGCGCCGUUGGAAUACGUCAGCAGCGCUAAGUAUAACGACUUUGUGGAUGACAACGAAUGCAGGAAGCAGUGGAUAGUCCUGCAGUUGCCGGCCACCUACAUAGCUAGCAAUUGGCCCUUACGAUACAGCGCGGUGGACGGCAGCGGGCAGCACGUGUGCGUGGCGGGGCGCGCGGGGCUGGCGCACUACGCGCGCGCGUCGCGCCGCUGGAAGCUGUUCGGCAACGAGGCGCACGAGCGCGACUUCGUGGUCACCGCCGGCGUGCUGUGGUGGCGCGACUACAUCGUUGCCGGUUGCUACAGCAUAGCAGAGGGGCAGGACGAGAUCCGUCUGUAUCCGCGCGAGGCGAAGCUCGACAACCGAUUCGCGAAGAUCGUGCGCGUGCAGGCGCAGGUGUUCGUGCUGGACGUGCUCGACGACCAGCUCGUCGUGUUCGGCGCCGACGCGCUCGUCACCAUCUACGAGCUCCAGCGGAUCGAUGAUGUGGGCAACGUGGAGGUGCGGUGCGUGCAGGCGGUGGACAUCUCGGCGCUGUCGCACCCCGCGUGCGUGGUGUCGGCGUCGCUGUGCCGCCUGCAGGACGCGCCGCCGCAGCACGCGCGCCGCGCCCACGCCCACGCCGAGCCCGCGGCCCACGCCUACGCGACAGACCCGCCCGUCGCGCCGGACUCGCUCGUAAUCAAUGCUAGUGGCAAAUUGAUGAUGGUUCAAAGAGAAGAGUACGAUGUGGACGAAGACAACAAUCCGGUAAGUCUUGUAUUCUACACCACCUCGAUGUCCAGCGUUCCACAACAGUGCGAUUUU